AUGGAGCAAAGACAAAAUAUCGAAGGCGCAACUGCUCCAUUUCCUACCAACCCCGAAGAAUUUGAUUCCGACGAUCGCAUAUCAUUUUCGAAGCUCGACCAGAAAUACCUGCUCGUGCAAGACGAUGGUACAGAAUUUGAAUUCGAUGAUGCGAUCAAACGAUGGAUACCGGUGUUAGAUGAGGCAUUAUUGGAAGAACAGCAGAAAGCAUAUAAAGUAUCUGGAGUAGAUGAGAGUGAGCCAGUUGAUGCUAUAAAGAGGAAAAGGAAGCAGGAGUAUGUCAAUGGCGAGGAUGAGGGUGGCCGAAUGGUAAAAGCCCCAAAGAAAACCAAAAAACCUCUACCACCACGAGCAAACACCGCAGUUUAUGUUACUGGUCUGCCAUCCGACGUUACUGUCGAGGAAGUUCACGAAGUCUUUUCACGAAAGUGCGGUGUUAUCGCCGAAGAAAUCGACAGCGGAAAACCGAGAAUUAAGCUUUACACAGACGAGAAAGGAGAAUUCAAGGGCGACGCUCUUAUCGUCUUUUUCAAGGCACCAUCUGUGCAGAUGGCGAUAAUGUUACUGGAUGAUACGGAUUUUAGGAUAGAUGGAGGCACAUCUAAAGAGAGAAUCAAGAUGCGGGUUCAGGCUGCAGAGGCGAGCUACAAGAAGGUUCAACAAACAGACGCAGAUGGAAAUGAGAAAGAGAAACCUAAGACCAGUAUGAAGGAUAAGCAGAAGAUUAUCAAAAAGACGCAGAAAUUAGAUGCGCGACUGGCAGAUUGGAGCGAUGACGAGCCAUCAGCCCUUGUGGAAACCAGCUCGAAGUGGGAUAAAGUCGUUAUAUUGAAACAUAUGUUCACUUUGAAGGAGCUAGAAGAGGAUCCAGCUGCAAUGCUGGAUAUCAAGGAAGACAUUCGAGAUGAGUGUGGCAAGCUCGGCGAGGUAACGAAUGUGGUUCUGUACGAUUUGGAGAAAGAUGGAGUUGCGAGUGUAAGAUUUGCAAACGCGGAAUCAGCGAAAGCAUGCGUUAAGUUGAUGAAUGGGCGAAAAUUUGAUGGUCAAGAGGUCGAAGCUUAUAUUCCGGAUGGAAAGGAACAUUUCAAGAAAUCGAAGAAGAAAGCAAAUGAUGAGGACCAUGGAGAGUCAGAAUCAGAUUGAUUAGGCUGGAAGUGACGCAUAGGCAACUUGAGUAUGAUUGUUCUCGUGAGGUAAAGUUCAUAACAUUGGCUACCAGUAUCGGUGUUGGUAUAAAACAGAGAAUCGGAUGCAGAUUUAUAUUAAUACUAAUAAUAUCUUACUUGA